CUAGAGACCAUAGUUGACAGGAUCUUACCAAGAUUUUGUGGUCCUUAGUUGAGUCGGUCCUAAGUUAAGUCAGUCAGGGGUGAGAGUCUAAGUGGUGAAGAGUGGAACUGAAUCUCGGUUGUACAUCUUUCACCAUGGUUGACCUGCGUAGUGGCAAGAGUACCACCCCUUAUACCAAGGCUCAUAAAGAGCAAGCCGCCGCCGUACUUAAAGAGAGAAAAGAGAAGGAGGCUAAGAAGGAGUUGAUUAGGCUGGCCAAAAAGUUGGCCUUACAGGAGGAGCAGGCGGCGAAGAGGAAGAAGUUGGAGGAAAUGGAGAGAUUGGAGGAGGAAGAGAAGAAAGCAGUAGAAGAGGAGGAGAUAGAAGAGGAAAAGGAGGAGUCCCUGAUCAGGAGAAGAACAAGGGAAAAAGGGGAAUCCAGUGGCACAAAGAAGUCAUGGAUAGACAAGAAAGUUUAUGAGUGGGUGGCGAACUUGUCCCUGGGGGAAGAAGAGGAACCAAUGUUGUAUGCUCCCCGGGAGGAGCAGGAAGCGGUUGUGAAGGAGCUGGAGGCAGAAGAGGAUUCCUUGAGACGCCAAACGAUAGAGGAAGAGAAGAAGCUACAAUGGAAGUUGGUGCUGAUUAAGUUGCCUACUCUGACAUAGAGUGGGAACUGGAAGAGGAAGAAGGGGGCAGUAGGGUUGAUAGAGGGAGUACCUACGCUGCUAUUGCGGCC